CGGAGCCGCGUCGGCCGCGCCGGAGGAGGGCGGGGAGAAGACCAUGUGAAUGGGCUCCGGAGCCUGAGCGCCGCGCAGGACUGGUCCAGCAGCUGUAUUAGAAGACAUGUGGUGUGUAUGAAGUUUGUGAUAGUUGGGGGAAAUUUUGGAAUUUAGAUAAUGGGCUGUGUGCAAUGUAAGGACAAAGAAGCAACGAAACUGACGGAGGAGAGGGACGGCAGCCUGAACCAGGGCUCCGGCUACCGCUAUGGCACAGACCCCACCCCUCAGCACUACCCCAGCUUCGGUGUGACCUCCAUCCCAAACUAUAACAACUUCCAUGCAGCCGGGGGCCAAGGACUCACUGUCUUUGGGGGCGUGAACUCUUCAUCUCAUACUGGGACCUUGCGGACCAGGGGAGGAACGGGAGUGACCCUGUUUGUAGCCCUUUAUGACUAUGAAGCACGGACAGAAGACGACCUGAGUUUUCACAAAGGAGAAAAAUUCCAAAUAUUGAACAGCUCGGAAGGAGAUUGGUGGGAAGCCCGCUCCUUGACCACUGGAGAGACUGGUUACAUUCCCAGCAAUUAUGUGGCUCCAGUUGACUCUAUCCAGGCAGAAGAGUGGUACUUUGGAAAACUUGGCCGAAAAGAUGCUGAGCGACAGCUUUUGUCCUUUGGAAACCCGAGAGGUACCUUUCUUAUCCGUGAGAGUGAAACCACCAAAGGUGCCUAUUCACUGUCGAUCCGAGAUUGGGAUGAUAUGAAAGGAGACCAUGUCAAACAUUAUAAAAUUCGCAAGCUUGACAAUGGUGGAUACUAUAUUACCACCCGGGCCCAGUUUGAAACACUUCAGCAGCUUGUGCAACAUUACUCAGAGAGAGCCGCAGGCCUCUGCUGCCGCCUCGUAGUUCCCUGUCAUAAAGGGAUGCCAAGGCUUACCGAUCUGUCUGUCAAAACCAAAGAUGUCUGGGAAAUCCCUCGAGAAUCCCUGCAGUUGAUCAAGAGACUGGGAAAUGGGCAGUUUGGGGAAGUAUGGAUGGGUACCUGGAAUGGAAACACAAAAGUAGCCAUAAAGACUCUUAAACCAGGCACAAUGUCCCCCGAGUCAUUCCUGGAGGAGGCACAGAUCAUGAAGAAGUUGAAACAUGACAAGCUGGUCCAGCUGUAUGCUGUGGUGUCCGAGGAGCCCAUCUACAUUGUCACCGAGUACAUGAAUAAAGGAAGUUUACUUGAUUUCUUAAAAGAUGGGGAAGGAAGAGCUCUGAAGUUACCAAAUCUUGUGGAUAUGGCCGCACAGGUUGCUGCAGGAAUGGCUUACAUCGAGCGCAUGAAUUAUAUCCAUAGGGAUCUGCGGUCAGCAAACAUCCUGGUGGGGAACGGACUCAUAUGCAAGAUUGCCGACUUUGGACUGGCCAGAUUGAUCGAAGACAAUGAGUACACAGCACGACAAGGUGCAAAGUUCCCCAUUAAGUGGACGGCCCCCGAAGCAGCCCUGUACGGGAGGUUCACCAUCAAGUCUGACGUAUGGUCUUUUGGAAUCUUACUCACAGAGCUGGUCACCAAAGGAAGAGUGCCAUACCCAGGCAUGAACAACCGGGAGGUGCUGGAGCAGGUGGAACGCGGCUACAGGAUGCCCUGCCCGCAGGACUGCCCCAUCUCUCUCCAUGAGCUCAUGAUCCACUGCUGGAAAAAGGACCCGGAGGAACGGCCCACUUUCGAGUACUUGCAGGGCUUCCUGGAAGACUACUUCACCGCCACAGAGCCCCAGUAUCAACCCGGUGAAAACCUGUGAGACCUGGGUCUGCAGAGAGAGGCCUUAUCCAAGAGGCUUCCCCGCCCCCUCCCCAUUAGCUUUCAGUUCCGUAGCCAGCUGCUGCUCGAGCAGUGAGAGCCGUCCUGGAUCAGAUUGCAUGUGACUCUGAAGCUGACGAACUUCCAUGGCCCUCAUUAAUGACACUUGUCCCCAAAUCCGAACCUCCUCUGUGAAGCAUACGAGACAGAACCUUGUUAUUUCUCAGACUUUGGAAAAUGCAUUGUAUUGAUGUUAUGUAAAAGGCCAAACCUCUGUUCAGUGUAAAUAGUUACUCCAGUGCCAACAAUCCUAGUGCUUUCCUUUUUUUAAAAAUGCAAAUCCUAUGUGAUUUUAACUGUCUUCACCUGAUUCAA